GCGCGCUCCCGCGGGCGGCGGAGAAGGUGGCACUGGCAUCAAGAUGGCGGUGGCUGGCAAGGGGGUGGUGUCGGCCGCCGUGAAGCCGAUCUUCAGCCGGGACCUGGGCGAGGCGAAGCGGCGCGUCAGGGAGCUGUACCGGGCCUGGUACCGCGAGGUGCCCAACACGGUGCACCUGUACCAGCUGGACAUCACGGUGAAACAGGGGCGGAACAAGGUGCGGGAGAUGUUCAUGAAGAACGCCCACGUUACGGAUCCACGCGUGAUAGACAUGCUGGUUAUUAAGGGAAAAAUGGAGCUUCAAGAAACCAUUCAUGUCUGGAAGCAGAGGACUCAUGUCAUGAGGUACUUCCACGAGACGGAAACCCCGCAACCUAAAGACUUUCUGUCCAAAUUCUAUGCAGGCCACAAUCCUUGAGGAACUGACUCUGUGUCUUCCUGCCUUAUAUUACAAAUAAAGUUCUAUACAUAGAAAAAAAAA